AUGAUUGAAGCAGGAAAUCCAGAAGCAGCACUAUGCAAGGAUGGUGAGACAGUGGCCUUAACAGAAGAGUGUAGUGCCCUGAUCCAGAAGAAGCUUCCACCAAAAUUAAAAGAUCCAGGAAGUUUCAGCAUCCCUAUUGCCAUUGGAGAUGUGGAAGUAGGGAAGGCACUCUGUGACUUGGGGGCCAGCAUUAACUUGAUGCCAUUGACUGUAUGUAGAGCUUUGGGAAUCAACACCUUGAAGGAUACCAAUCUUAUUCUGCAUCUUGCAAACAGAUCCAUCGAGAGACCGGAAGGUGUGGUUGAAGAUGUUCUGGUUAAGGUGGAUAAGUUCAUUUUUCCAGUGGACUUUGUGAUUCUAGAUAUGGAGGAAGAAGAUACUGAAAGCCCUCUACUUCUAGGGAGGCCAUUCUUAGCAACUGCUAGAUCCCUGAUUGAUGUUGAACAAGGGAAGCUAAUGCUAAGGGUGAAUGAAGAGACAGUUACAAUUGAUGUGUUUGAAGCCAUUAAACAUCCUGUUGAUGUGGAGGAUUGUGUCAGGAUAGAUAUCAUACAGGAGGUUGUGGAGGAAGUUAAAGGAGAAGAGGACCUGUUGUUAGAGGAAGAUAAAAGUAAGGAUGAAAUGAGUGGGGAAUUUUAUCAGGAGGAACCAGUAGUUGAAGAGCUUGAAAAGAAGGUGGAUGACAUUCCUAAGGGAGCACCUAAGGUGGAACUGAAAGAACUACCUUCUAAUCUGAAGUAUGUGUUCCUUGGGGAUGAUCAAACAUACCCAGCCGUUAUAAAUGCAUUCUUGUCUGAAGGGGAGGAAGUGAAAUUGGUUAAGGUACUCAAGAAGAACAAGACAGCCAUGGGCUGGUCAUUUUCAGAUCUUAAGGGUAUCAACCCUUCCUUCUGCACUCACAAGAUAUUGAUGGAGGAAGAAGUCAAACCAGUAAGGCAACCACAAAGAAGACUUAAUCCCACUCUGAAGGAGGUAGUAAGGAAAGAGGUGGUGAAGUUGCUUGAUGCUGGGAUGAUUUAUCCUUUUUCAGAUAGUGCAUGGGUGAGUCCAGUUAAGACAGUGCCCAAGAAAGGAGGGAUGACUGUGGUUAGGAAUGAGAACAAUGAAUUGAUCCCUACAAGAACAGUCACUGGCUGGAGGAUGUGUGUUGACUACAGGAGACUCAAUAAAGCAACCAGGAAGGACCAUUUCCCUAUUCCAUUCCUGGACCAGAUGCUGGAAAGAUUGGCGGGACAUGCUUUCUACUGUUUUCUGGAUGGAUACUCGGGCUACAACCAGAUAGUUGUGGCUCCGGAAGAUCAGGAGAAGACUGCAUUCACUUGCCCCUAUGGAAUCUUUGCAUACUGGAAGAAGCCUUUUGGCCUAUGCAAUGCACCAACAACUUUUCAAAGGUGCAUGCUUGCCAUAUUCUCUGACAUGGUAGAAAGGUGUAUUGAGAUUUUCAUGGAUAAAUUUUCUGUGUUUGGUCCUACUUUUGAUGCAUAUUUAGAAAACUUGGACAAUGUUUUGAAAAGAUGCCAAGAUUGCAAUCUUGUGCUAAAUUGGGAGAAAUGUCACUUCAUGGUGACAGAGGGUAUUGUUUUGGGGCACAAAGUGUCCAACAGAGGGAUUGAAGUAGAUAAGGCCAAGAUCUCUGUUAUUGAGAAACUACCCCAUCCCAUAAAUGUUAAAGGCGUGAGGAGUUUUCUAGGACAUACUGGGAUUUACCGUCGUUUUAUUAAAGAUUUUCGAAAAUUGCAAAACCAUUGUGCAAGCUGGUCCAAAGUUAUUGUUUACACUGACCAUGCAGCUUUGAAGUAUUUGUUAACAAAGCAGGAUGCUAAGCCCAGGUUACUCCGAUGGAUGUUACUUCUGCAAGAGUUUGAAGUAGAGAUCAAAGACAAAAAGGGAGUGGAGAACUUGGUGGCUGAUCACUUAUCCAGGAUCACAGAGACACAUUUACAAGAGGGUCCAGAGGUGGUGAUCAAGGAAGAGUUCCCUGAUGAGCAAAUACUGGCCAUAAGCAUUAUUUCCCAAUUGGUGCAUGAUCAAGUCUUGUCUGUUGACACCCCACCAUGGUUUGCUGAUUUUGCUAACUACAGAGCUGUUGGAGCCAUGCCAAAGGAUUUCACUUACCAGCAGCGGAAGAAAUUUCUGCAUGAUGUGAGGAGAUACAUCUGGGAUGAACCAUACCUCUUCUAUAGAUGUUCAGAUGGA